CGGUACGGCGGCGUGUCUGUGAAUGGCGACCCGCCAGCCGCCACAUCUCUGGAAUUUAAGACGUGUUCACUAUACAAAAUGUUCCUCUUGCGUUCUGCCGGCGUUUUCACAUUACCGCGGAUGGUUCCCUAAGGGUUGAUGACUAAAUAUUCGAUGCACCGUGUGACUGACCAAAUCGUGUCGUGCAGAAAUAAUGGAUCAGAUGGAGCGAUUAUGCAAUGGUUUUUCAUUUCUUCACAAGAUUGGCGGCGGCGUCUGAUGUAUUUCACCAUUGUUACAUUGGAGGCACACGUUAGCUUGCAUCCGAUGUUCAUCAUUAUCUAGAUGUAGAACUCAGGAAACCGCAUAAUGUGGUAAGCAGGGUACCCUUUCUAAUUUGAUAGUUUUCAUGGCACAAGUUCCACCUUGAGUCUGCAGUAACUUCUCUUUUGUAGUUUUUUGAUGAUUCUUUCUAACCCUGGCAUCAUUGCUUGAUAUGAUAUAGUGACGACUAUGAAACAAAUUAUGACUACAAGUCUGUCGUAGUGCAGUGACAUUUAAUCGUCGCUUUGUUUCUGUCAUUCUUUGCCACAGGUCGGGAGUUUAUGUAAUAUAGCGGUAGGUUCAGCUCAUAUGGCCAUAUACAUAAGAAAAUAGUUGGUUGGUGUAGAAAUUGUGGUGCUUAAUUAUGUUACAGAACUCAUUACUGGCCAUGUUGUUUUUUGUCUGGAUGACAUUUGAAAAUCUACAUUCCAUUGGUUUCCUAACAUCUGAGUGGAUCAUAGCCGUGUUUAUGGAGUAUUAUUGUGUUGAUGAUAACGGCAUCUAUCGCAAGCGUUUUAACAUUUAUUUCAGUAACUGCCACCUUAGGAUUACCUCACAGGCCUCACAGUUGUAAACAUGUUGUCUAUAUAAUUGCAAGCUCAAUAUGUUUGUUUCUAGAAUACCAAAUUCGAUUGGUGAUCUUGAACCUUUGGAAUUUGGAACUCUUAAUUACCAAAGAUGACAAUGUUGUCCAAAUGAUUCCCAAACAGAGGAAUUCAUGUUCUUGGGUCAUGCUUGUCCGUUCCUUAAUCCUGCUGUUGUUAUGAACCUACGUGCCAAUUUUCUGUCUACAAAAAAAUUGGACCACUUAUUCUCACAGUAUUUUUUGUCAUGUCUUAUCAAGGAAUCAUUCUUUAGCUCAUAUGCCACAGAUCCAUUAUCAGGUACCUUUUCCUGCGAGGUUCCCUACUUUUUGGCAAGUGCACCUCUAUGUUUGAGAAUCCAAUCUUUCAGAUGCUAUAUUUAAUGAUCGUUUUAUUCUUAUGACAUCGCCAUCACAUAAUUCCAUGCUUCUUUGUAGAGAAAUCUCCUCUUGCAUUCUUUAGUGAGUGUCAGAAGGUUAGGAAAUCUGCAUAUACUAUUGUUCAAGAUUAUAAGAUCCUUCCAUAAAUACUUCUUCUUGCAGAGCAGCAUGCUUAAGAGCAUAGGUUGAACCUCUAUUCUGACCCAAAACCAUUGUUGCCAUGUAGCACUUAUAUUUACAUGAUAUUUUGAAUCUUGGUGCACUCAACCAUAAACUUUGACUGGUUUUCCCCUCCACCCAUCACAUAUCAUGGCAGGCUGACAGGUGUAGUGAAUUGUUAAUUUGUCGGUCAACAUAAAUUCCAUUUGGAUAUUGAUUCGAAGCAUGACAUGAUUCUCUUCACCUUUCAUAGAAAGGGGGAAUAAUUGAAAGAAAACACCUCACUUUGAAGACUGAAAAGAGGAUAUCCAGUGCCACAGCUUUCCAGGAAUCGUGGUAAGGGUGUGAGAUAAUAAGGGUUCAAGUUGAUACUUGUGUCCAAUUUUUGUUUAAGUACCAAGUUUAGAUUCAUUACCAAGAGACUACACAUUGCUUCACAGUAGAGAUAUGCUCUCCAGUUGGUGAGAAUCCUAGCUACUUGCCUGGUGGGGUUCUUUUCCAUCAUCUCGAAUCCACCUUUCCACACCUUAGGAUGGUGAAAACUUGAACUAAAUUGUGUGUAUGAUCCGCAUAUGUGCAAACACCUUCAACUUUUGCUGAUGUGAUUGAUGCAAAGGAGCAGUGGUGUUCCGUACCUUCAUGGGAUAAUCUACUUCUGCACUAGAUAGCCUUUCCCUUUCUCACAAAUCCCUCUUGUGAAAAGGUGGCAACGUCUGCAAAGUUAACUGUGUGGAUACUGGCCAAGUAUGGGAAUCUCAGUUGGCUAGCAGAGUGAAUGGACAUGCUGCCCACACGUUCGAGGCCUAGCCUCCUCAAGGCGCCACAGGUUUUCUUCUUUCUAUAAAAGAGACCAGGGGAAAGUCCCUUGUUGGUCCUAUUCUUUUAAUUGAAACAAUUAUUGAGGACCAAGAUGGGGGACACGUAGUAAUAUAGAAAUGUCUGGCAAAUAGUUAUUACUUUCUGAAUGUAAGUCGAGGCUUGGAGCAUCUUUCUGUUAUAUUCCUUUAGUAAAUAGCCAAGCAGAAACAUAAUAAGGCAAGUGGAUAAUGCUUUGACCAGUGUCAAUGAAUAUAUACUAAAUAGAUAGUACCAGUUACAGUGUUAAUUCAAAAUUAAUACCGUGUCUUCGCUUACUAUUCAGUAGCAAGUGUUCUGACCAUGUAUCAUCCAAUAGUAUGGCAGCUUUCGUGCAUCCUGUUGUGCUCAGAAUAAGAUUAGAUGAAACUACUUGAGGCAAGCCUAAAACUAUAAGCUUUUAAACUUCAUUUUUCAGAUGAAAUUUUUGGAACAAAUCAAGAUUACAAGGUAACUUAACUGUAGUUGGUCCACGAAAUGGUAAACGAUGUUGGUGCUAACCUUAACAGAACAAACUUUUCAAGAACAUCGGAGACACAAGAAGGGCUUACACCUUAUAAGAAGUGGUGGUAUGUGCUUUAUUCUAAAUUCUGAUAAGCUGUUAGAAAUGUCAUCAUUUACUGCUUGCUAUUUCUUAAUUCUUAUCAACUAGGUUAGGCAUAUGCUUUUGUUUACUUGAUCUUGCCCUAGGUUUAAAUUCUUGUAAUAUUUGCUUAGACUUAUAACUGGACUUGUUCGAAAUAAGUUGGAAAUUCUUUGGACUUGUUAAAUUUACCAGAAGGAACUAUUAUGAGUUUAGCAGCAAGUUGCUAAAACAAAUCAUGAUGUGAACUCUUUUAAAAUCAGUCAUAUUUGGUGUGAUAUUCAGAGAAUAUUGUCAUAGGGCUUAACCUACUUGAUGGAUUUACUAGUUUCCUGCAAUACCCACUGGAAAUUCUAAAUGCUCAACUCUUGAGUAGAUUUAGUAUUUUUUUUACCAGGAGUAUUGCCAUUCCAUUAUCCUUGAGGACUACUACGAAAUAAAGGUUCCUUUAGCGUGGGCUGUUUGGAUCCUGGUUUGGGGAACAUAUAAUCUUCCCUUCUUUUCUUCUUCUUUAGACUAUCGAGGCUUGUGGUAACUCCGACAAAUCACGAACCAUUAUUCCAUGGAAAUUGAACAUGUGUGCUCUUACGUAACAUGAAAGCAAUCUCAUGAAUCCCAAAUCUAAUUAUGCCACUUCAUUAGACAGUAAUGUUUUCUUAUUUAUAAUUUUCUAUUGUCUGAGACCUGGAAUGUUAAAGCAGCUGACAAAGGAGACUUGACCGAAUAACCUGUCCAGUUCUGCUAUCAUUUUGCUCAAAGUACAGGUACUAUGGAUUGAUAUAUUUUUCUUUAAUUUGUUUGACCACAGAUCACAGAGCCAUAUACUCCCUCCGUCCGGAAUAAGUGACUUGGAUUUGUAUAGAUUCUUAUACAAAUCCACUUCACUUGUUUCCGGACGGAGGGAGUAUCAUAUUGCAUGUCAGUGUUCUCUGCCCAUUUAAAUGCAUAUACUAAUUUGCAGUUCAGUUGAGUAGAAUAUGAAGGAAGAAAUAAGUAGUCCUAUCCUUUUGACUCAAUAAUGACUCAUUUUCCCUGAAUUGCAGAAAGUCCAAAAUAAGCAAUUUAGGGUGUAUUAAUUCAUACUAAAUUGGGUGGCAUCCCCAUAAAAGAAUUUUAGCGGAGAUGCAGAACAAGAUUACAAGAAUGAAGCUAAUAGUAAACACUAGCCCACCACAUAUGGAUUGCACAAGAGAUUCUGUACUCCUCUUGUCCUUUUCAGUGUAAAUGAUCUAUUAAAAAAAUGAGUAUGAUUUUUUUUUUGAGAAAAGUAUGAUAUUAUACAUGCAUUCAACACUUGUAAGACCUUCCCGAAAUUUAAUCAUUAGCUUGUGAUAGACAGAUAUUGAUGAUCUUUCUUACCGACGGGAGAUUAUCAACACAAAUUGGUAGUUGCUAACUUUGUCUUGUACUUGCUACAAUCAGGGCUUGUGUUCCGAAAGGAUCUGCUAUUCUUCAAGCUGGUAAAUUAUCAACAAGGAUGUCUGCAUACUGCUAUCCUGGUGGUUACGAAGUGCGAAAUGGCCUUGUAGGACUGUAUAUUACCACUUGUUCAUUGUAUAGUAUUUUAGGUAUAACUAUAAUUAUGUGAAGUACCAAAUGUGCCCUUAAGAAUUUACUAAUACACCAGACAUGAAGCAGUGAGUCGAUGAAUUUACUAAUACCACGAACCAUGCCCCACCUUCCCCUCCUAUAUAAAUAGCACAGCUAUACUCACUCUUUGUUCCACAGGAGUACGAGCAGACAUAAGUUGUAGCCAUUACUAGUCCCCUGGCUUUUCUUGAAACAUUUCUCUGUGUUGAGGAAACAACAAAAGGGGAAGAGAGAAUAGAGAGAGAAUGAGUCAAUCUUGGACAAAAAGACAAAACGCUCUCUUUGAGAGUGCUCUAGCGGUAUUUGAGAAGGACACGGCAGAUCGCUGGCAGAAUGUGGCACGAGCGGUCGGUGAUGGGAAGUCCGCUGAGGAUGUGAAGAGGCAUUAUGAAGAGCUGGAGAAGGAUGUGGAGGACAUGGAGUCUGCUGGAGGCCGUCAAGGAUCUGACAACAGCGUCUCCGGCGCUAGCAGCAGCAACAGCAACUCUUGGGGCAGUGCCAAUGAGGACCGCAGGGGAAGGAACCUCAAUCUUCAGUGAAUGUGAUCUGGAAGGAGCUGGUUGGUCUCUAGAGAGCUUGAAGCAGCAUGCCUCGCAGCAAAACAAAAACAUAACCAAGUCUCUCUGAAGAUGCUGUUACCUUUGCUUAUUGUUCGAGUCCAUGUGCUCUUGUGUUGUCUGUACGUCAACAUAGGUAGCAGGAGACCUCUGUAGUAGUAAUAGAGGUCUGUUUGGUUUGAUAUUUAUUAUGAGAAUGUAUCUGAUGUGGGCAUGCUAUUGAUACCUGUUGAAAAUACUAUGGUUACUGUGUGCUGGAAAUGGAUAUUUAGGAAACUCCUUCCGUCCCUAAA